ACCAGCCAGUGAUCACGUUCAAACCGAGUACUCUGCGCAAUGCGGAUCGCUCUUGAAUUUUGUGCGCCAAAGCAGCGAAAUUUUGAAUAGUUCGAUGUAAACAAUUACGCGCAACGAAUAAAUAUAUUUUUAUGUUUUAAAAUAUUGGUGCAGUCUUGAGGUUUGCGUGAAAAAAUGAUUAUGAGUUUAUGAUGACAAUGAAAUCGACUUUGAUUAUUUUGUGUUUUGUGCUAAGGACCAUUCACGCUGACUUGGAUCUCUUAGAUUCAGAUGUUGAAAAUGAAUGUACAAAACAUUGCCCAGUCCAGAAUUCAACGGAUUUGGAACAUUACGACUACACCUGCGAUGUCAAGUGUAACGAGGAACAGUGUAUUAAGGGAUGCCGAUUGUGGAAAGAUGCUUUGGGUUCGACGUGUCCUAAAGUUUGUAACGGCUUCACCAACAGGAUAAAAACAAAGGACUAUUAUUGCGUAACUGGUUGCAACUCCGCCAUAUCAACUUAUUUCACCCUUCUAUCUAAGCAUUUAGGACCUCCACCACCUCCAGCUCUGGUAGCUGACUCCCUGAAUUCAACCUCCCUGAAAUUACAAUGGAUAUUCCCUGCUGGAAGGAGGAAAGGCUUAACUUGCUAUAUCCAGUGGCAAUACGAAGAGAGAUCGGAAAAUUGGCAGAACUGCCCGAAUGUAACCUGGAAUGAAGAGGGUACUAUUGCGUUUGUCGACAACUUAAGACCAUAUACAAAAUAUAAGUUUCGGGUAGCUCUGAUUCCCAUAUUCCACGGCCAGCCGAUCCUCUCUUCGUCCAGCGUGCACAUCAGCACCCUUCCGUCAGGUUUACCAGAGUCCAGACCGAUUAUUGUACGACAUUCAGCGGUAGAUUACACUAGGAUAAGCGUUCGCUGGGAACCUGGCCCUUUCCCGCAUGGACCCAUCCUCUCAUACGUUUUACAGAUCACCGAUAACAAUCAGGUUCAUUCAGAAGUCAAGGACUUACCACCGUAUACAAAUUAUUUCGUCUUUAGAAAUCUAUCGCCAAAUACCAAUUACAAUGUUUCAAUAAGUAUGAGAAACAAUGUUGGCAAAGGACCUUCUGCUCAAGUGACUAUUUCAACGCCACCUGAGCCUUCUGCAAGGCUAUCGAAGAAGCCCAUUCUCAUAUUAGGUGCUGAACAUAGUGUGAUCAAACAAGGAGCUCACAUUCUCGACGAACCUGUCAUUCUAUAUGAAACAGAGAAAGAGAUUAAAGGUUUGGCUGUUCACACCACCAAAAAAUUGCUCUUUGUGUCAGAGUCGGAUGGACAUGUGGCUAAAAUGUCAAUGGAAACAAAUGUUACAACGUACAUUCUCACCCCAGACCAAAUUAAUUUUAUUCCUUUGGAUCUAUCUGUUGACUGGCUCAAUGAUCAGAUCUACCUACUGGGUGAAGUCAAACAUAAAAAAAUGUAUCAAAUAGCUCGUUGUAAUCUUGAUGGAAGUGGUUUGACUGUGGCAAUUGCUGGUCUUCUAUUCAAGCCCCAUUGCAUGGAGGUGGAUUCCUAUAAUGGAUACUUAUUUUGGGCUAUAAAAGGUAGCUUGAAAGGAGGAAUUUACAGACUAGAUCUUGCUGACAUUAGCAACGGUAUUAGGCACGAUGUCAAGCCAGAAGUAAUACUCAAAGACGAUAACUUGGGAGCUUUCACCUUAGAUCACACAAAUUUCAGUAUUCUGGUAGCGAGGCAAAAGGAUAAUACAAUUCAUUCAAUAUCACUCGAUGGAAAAGAAGUGUUUGAUAUGAGACCCAAUGUAAUCAACUCGAAAAUGCUGAAGGUAGUAUCUUUGGCUACAGCCAACAAAAUAUUUUACUGGACGGAUGGUGAAUAUAUAUUCUAUGAAGAAUACAGGAAUGUCUACUACCAUAAUUCGUAUCCAGAUUUAUCGCCAAGAAAAUACCAUAAGGUCAUUGUUAAUUUGGACAGUUCGCAGCCUAUACCAAUUCCUGUAAAUCCUCCAAGAAACUUGCAGGCGAUGUUUGGGAACCACUUCGCCAAAAUUGAUUGGGAUGCUCCUCAUUUGUUGGAUGGCCAGGGUCGUGGUGCUUGGCAAAAUUGGUCAUACGAAAUAUCAUUAAAAAAUACAUUAACGAAUGAAAUGACCAUCAUCAAAGAAAUCAAUGGAAGCUCAUGCACUGUGCAAAGUCUGGCUGAAAACUCGAAAUAUAUGAUAAGAACGGCAGCUUAUACCACGUAUGGACGAGGUCCAUGGUCUAGAGAGUUUACCGGUGCUACAUUAUUGAAUAAAAAAGAAGAACCUUUUAUACUAUGGGCUGCUAACGAAGGGUUGCUAGUAUCAGAUCCAAUUGGCCAGAAUGUUAAAACGCUUAUACAUGCCAACGAAAUGAAACAUUUUUUUAUAGCAGACAUAGCUUGGUAUAAACAGAACAUAUACCUUGUAACGAACAAUUCACAAGUAUACUGGUACAAUACGAGUUCGAAUGAACUGAAGAAACUCAUUGAUUCAGUUGGCAGUAUUGGUAUUGACUGGAUAGGAAAAAAAUUAUAUUGGUCCAAUCCCAAACAGCAAAUGAUGAUCAGAGGAAAUCUGAAUGGUACCCAACAAGAGCCACUGAGUAUCUCAGCUGUGGCUAAAGAACUUGAAAUUGAUUCAGUAAAAGCUUACAUUUAUUGGUCAACUGGUUACGCUGUUGAAUGCGCUCAUCUCAACGGGGUGGAUAAAAUAGAUUAUAGGAAAGCCAAAUUCUUCUCUGGCAAACAAGUUAUGGGUUUAACACUCGACAUGGACCACAAAAACCUGUAUUGGAUUGUAAGGGGUUCUGAAGGAUCCAACUUAUUCAAAGCACCAAUGGCUGGAUAUAUCGAUACAAAACAUAUUACGGUUGAAAAAGUUGCCAACUUACGGAAUCCUCUCGAAGGGCCCUUAUCCUACUUUCACAAUAGGCUUCUUUGGCUACAAGAUGAUAAAACUGCCGUUGUUAGUGACCUCUUGGGCCAAAACAUUGCCACACUUAGAGAGUCAGCAAUUACAGAUUUAACAACAGUUUAUGUUGUAGACCCAACAUUGCACAACCUGCCAGAAUCAGAUUCGAUAAAAAUAGAAGAUAUUGUAGUUAUCCCAAACAUCGUGCAAAGAAAUUCUAUCAAAGUAUUUGGAAAUUCUGAUUCAUUCAAUGUUUCUUGGUAUCCAGUGACCAAUGUUAAUUACGGAACAGUUUUUUAUGAAGUACAAAUAGAUAACUUAUCUCGCAACAACUCCACUAUAAUCACCACGCAUCCAUCUAUCAAAUACUGGCAGAAGGUGACUCCUUACACAAAACUAAACAUGUCCAUAAGAGCCUUCACUUAUUGGGGAACAUCACCAGAAAUGAAAGCUAACAUAUUUUCACCUCCCUCAACACCGUCUGAACCUAUAAAUGUAAGAAGUUUCGUUCAAAACAUGAUCGACAACGAGAACAACGUCACAAUAAGGUUCAGAUGGGAUGUGCCAUUAUAUCCAAAUGGAAUAAUACAAGGGUAUAGAGUUUUCUGCUGGUACUACCAUCAAGAUUCAAAAUUCGAUUUAUGCAAGAGAGUCAUCAAGCGACCUGACGAGAUGGAGCACAUUGUCCACAAUCUGAACAAAAAGGAAAUUUAUUACUUCGAGGUCAGAGCUUUCACGAAUAUUGGCGAUGGUAAAAUGUCCGAAACCCUUCUGGUGGACUCCAAGGAGGAAUUUCCCUUACCAACCUUACUAAUAGCAUCACCAGAUUCUAUUUUCGUUCAAGAUAUCGAUGCUAAUCAAAAUUAUUCCCUUCUACAUGGGCUUAGUUCUCCUUCAGAAAUGGGUUAUUUGAUGAAGGAGAACAAAAUAUUCUGGAUUAACGAGAUGAAAGAGCUGUAUAUGUACACUACGACAACCUUCAACAAGACGAAAGUUCUUGAUAUUAGAGGAAACGCAACAGGAUUAACUGUUGAUUGGCUAGAAAGGAGUGUUUAUUUUGUUGUGAGCUUAGGGGAAUACUCUCUGAUUAAUAAAAUAGAUUUGAAUCUUUACGAGAAAGGAUUGCUCCAGCCAGUAGAGCCUGUAGAGGUGAUGAGAAGACCUUUCAAUAUAUCAAAGUUGGAGAUCUCUCCGUUCACAAGAAAACUUUACUGGAUAGAGGUGGAAGAUAAAACUUAUUACAGAUUAAUGGAGAGCGACAUCGAUGGCAAUAACAUUAUUCAAUUUUUCUCAAGGUUUGAGAGAACUAAAAGAUUCAUCAACGAUGAUUCGAAAGAAGACUGCAAUUGUCCUUUGAAUCCUUCAAUUGAGAGUUCGUUCUCUAUUGACCAUUCGAACAUUACUCAAAAACCUUUAUUCACUUUCAUUGACCACAAUUCAAAGAACAUUUUAUCAGCAGAUAAAGAUGGUUGCCGAUGUGAUAUAAUCGCAAAUCAUUCGACUGUAGGUAAUUAUCUACCUGUACAAAAAAUAAAAUCUGAUUUUGGAUCUUUGUACUGGACAAACCAAGAACGAGGAAACCUAUAUGUCUUGAGGCGUCAGAAAGAACCAUCUGUCGUGUCCAGAGAAGUGAGAGCUUUAGAUAUAUCGAUUUUUGGUCAUCAUAUCCAACCACACCCGAUCAGAGAUUGCCUAGCACCUAAACAGAAUAAGGAAUCCAUUGUUAUUCUUAGAAGAAGAAAAUCUUCAUCAUUACAAUUAAUACUUCCAGAUCAUCAAAUUCAUGCAAAUUGUUCGUCUUUUUCACUAGCCACAGUUCAGUACACAUUAUGCUACAGUGAGGACACCAAAAAUUGCGAUGCUUGCGUUGGAGAGUGUCAGAAAAUCAACACUUUUGACAAAGAGCUAGAAAUAAAGAACUUGGAGCCUUAUACUAAAUAUAAAAUAUGGGUAUCGUAUGGAAAUCAUUUCACCAAGCUGGAAGACAGAGUUGUGGGGCCGAAGAUAGUCCUCCAAACAGCUCCAGGAGCUCCAUCCAAACCUCUCAACGUGACUGCAACAGUUUUGAAUCCAACAUUGGCCGAAGUUACAUGGAUGCCCCCACUCAAACUGAAUGGCGAAACAGUAUUCUAUGAGAUCCAUUGGCAAACAGAAGGCACAAGAUCAGGUGUAAGGAAAAAGGAAGAGCAACCCGUUCAAGAACAUCAAACCUUAGAGAACACGAAAAAAACAUUCAAAUCCUUCUUACACAAACUAUCUCCCAAUGAAACCUACACGGUAUGGGUCAGAGCCUACUGUGAAACCAACGCAACAUCCAAUGAUAGUGAAAAAGUGAAGAUAGUGACCUAUCCCGAGCCAUCUGGGAUACACUUAUUGAACAAAACCUCGCAAACAAUGUUUUUGUCGUGGAACAUUUCACCACAUAUCGAGAGUGCCAAAAUUCAGUAUUCGUCGCCAAUAUCCGACCUUUGGCUUGAUGCAACACGUUCGGACCAAGAGGAUGAUGUCAUAUACUUUCGGGUACAAAAUUUGAAGCCGAAAAGUCUCUAUAGAUUCAGACUCAGCUUAAUCUAUGAGAAAUAUAAAACAGAGUUCUUAUGGCCCUUAGAUUCUAAAUACACAUUCGAAACACUUGGUGAUAGACCAUCCCCACCUGGGAUACCAAUCAUACAAUACUUGAACCCAAAUGAAUACAAAGUGUGGUGGGAAGCAGCAAAAGAAAACGGGGCCCCUAUUGAACUAUAUCGUCUUGAAGGGUUGCUGCUAAAACAUUAUCGCACUAGAAGAAGCACCAACAGAACUGCUUUCUUCUACACCGCUCCUUCGAUUGAGGAAGAAGAACCACAAUGGAAAACUUUUUAUAAUAGCACAAACACUUCGUGGAUAAUAGAUGGCCUAAGUGAAGACUACAAAUACGUGUUCAGAGUUUUUGCCCUGAAUUCAUUUGGAUGGAGUGAUCCAAGCAAAGAAAGUAUCGAAUUCGACUUGAACGAAACGGCUAGGCUUGCUGACAAGCAGUCUGCUAUGACGGUUGUCAUUAUAGCAACUGGAAUAACCAUAAGUUUCAUUUUUGUGGUUAUUAUUGUGCUGGUCUCACUGUUGUGUAGCAGCAAGAAAAAAGAACCUCAAGUCAUUCAUAUCCCAAGAGCUCCAGAUGUAGAACUAGCCACACUUCGAGAAUUACCAAGGCGAGGUGUGCACAACACCAAUGUACUAUAUGUAUCGACUCAGCCUACUCCGGAAGAGAUAAAAUUACUGCCGCAUAUCAAAAGGGAGCAAAUAACCCUUACCAAAUUUCUUGGUAGUGGAGCAUUCGGUGAAGUGUUUGAAGGUAAAGCAAAGGAUAUUCCAGGACAUACGAAAGUUGCUAUCAAGACUUUACGCAAAGGAGCAUCCGAUCAAGAAAAAACAGAGUUCCUACAAGAAGCACAAUUGAUGAGUCAUUUCAAACAUGAACAUAUUUUGGAACUAUUGGGUGUAUGUUUAGAUAAUGACCCGCAUUUUAUCAUCAUGGAACUGAUGCAAGGGGGAGAUUUGCUCACUUAUUUGAGAUCUUCAAGAAAUCCAGUGGCGAAUACUCCAAUGCUCACAUUGAUAGAACUUUUGAAGAUGUGUGUAGAUGUCGCCAGAGGGUGCAAAUACCUAGAGGAGAUGCAUUUUGUGCAUAGAGAUUUAGCUUGCCGAAACUGCUUGGUAUCAUCGACUGAUCCAGAAGUAAGAAUUGUUAAAAUAGGUGAUUUCGGUCUUGCCAGAGAUAUAUACAAGAACGAUUACUAUCGUAAAGAAGGAGAGGGCCUUCUUCCAGUGAGGUGGAUGGCCCCAGAGUCAUUGAUGGAUGGUGUCUUCACAUCACAGUCCGAUGUAUGGGCAUUUGGAGUUUUAUUAUGGGAAAUAAUGACGUUAGGUCAACAGCCAUAUCCCGCAAGAAACAACCUAGAAGUAUUACAUUACGUUAAGAGUGGUGGAAGACUGGGAAAACCAAUCGACUGUCCUAUUGAAUUGCAUUCUCUGAUGCUCCAAUGUUGGCUGUUCACUCCUGAUUCGAGACCAACUUUCAAAUAUUGUUUGGAAGUAUUAGAGAAUCUUCAUCAACAAAACCUAAGGAAUCCAACGACGGGAGCUCACGAAGGCCAAUAUAUAAGUACUGUACCUGAACACAUGAUGUAUGGAGUAACCAACGCAGUGUAUUUUCAAGACAUAAAUCAUAAUACAUCAGAUGCGUCUUGGAAGAGCGAUCAUGAAGAAGACAAGGAGAAAACUCCAUUUCUAACAUCUGCAGAUGAAAAAUCGGUAUUGAAAUCUGCAGAAAGUGUACCAAAAUAUUUGGAACUUUUAUGUGAACCAGUAAGUGUCUUAGAGAAUGAAGGUUACGAAAUACCAAAUCAAAUGAUAAAUACAUUGGAGAAGAAGGAUUCCAAAAAGAUCCUCAAAAAAACUUCAUCAAUUAAUAGUAAUAAGAAAAUUUGAUGAAGCCAAAGAUCACACCAAAUGUGAAUAUUUAAAAUAUUUAAAAUUUUCUAUUGUCUGCAAUGGAUAUGCGAGGUAUAUUAAAAAAUAAUGAUUAUCAACAUUAUCUAGAAUUAAAUAUUCUAGCUUUCGGUAGAUUUCAAUUUUUGCAAUCCCAAACCAAAUUAUAAUCAAAUAAUAGAAAAAUUUCAACAAUAGGUAUACAAACUAGAAUGUGAGAGGGAAUGUAAUUAUUAUAUGUUUCAAAAGAAAUUCAGUUCCUUUUCAAAGUAAUUUGCGCACCUCAAAUUCUCGUUAUUUUUUAAUGAUAGUUAAGAAAGAUAUACGUAUAUAGUUUUCUUAACUCACCCAUUUACAAAAUUUAUAAAAGCAGACAACAUGUAUAAAAAUGUAAAUAGUUAUAAAUCAUCGACUGUGUUAUCUAUAAUUCAAGUUUGAAUGUGAAUUGUUUUAGUUAUGAAUAAAGAUUCGUUGUUUUUUAA